GAGAGGGGUUUCUGCUUCCGGCGGGAGACGGAAGCCACUGUCUCCCGGGUGAACGAGGCCGUCGCAACGAGGGGAAGAGUGUUUGUCCUCCUACAGACAUGGGGCGCAGAAAAUCGAAACGGAAGCCACCCCCCAAAAAGAAGAUGACCGGCACCCUAGAGACCCAGUUCACCUGCCCCUUCUGCAACCACGAGAAGUCUUGUGACGUAAAAAUGGAUCGUGCCCGCAACACCGGAGUCAUCUCCUGUACCGUGUGCCUAGAGGAAUUCCAGACACCCAUCACAUAUCUGUCAGAACCAGUGGACGUGUACAGCGAUUGGAUAGAUGCCUGCGAGGCCGCCAAUCAGUAGCAAUGCCGAGGACCCACUCCCCUGGCAGUGCUGCCUGCCGUGGACCUGCCCCGCUGGCUACCAGUCCAGAGACAUUCCAGGGUCCAGGGUGUGGGUCCAGGGCCUUCACAGCCCUCUGCGUGUAUGGAGUGGGUGUGAGUGUGAGUGUGUGCGGCCGCAAGCGUGGCCGUGGCAGUGUGCGUGUGGGAACGGACUGGAGGUGAAGUGGGGUUGUUGCCCCCCCGCCCCCGGGGGGAGCCUGAAGUGCUUCACUUGGCUCUGAAAGCCUUUAACUUGCUUGCUCCUCCUCAGAGCUGGUGUUUGGACAUUCUGGGCAAGGACAAGGCCAGCAGAGGCUGCCUCAGGACCCUCCAGCCUCCUCACCCACCUCACCAGCACCUUGCCCAUUUGAACUGGACUGCCCUCCCUCCUUCCCUGGCUUCCAAGGCCUGUGGCCUGAGAUUCAGAGCCACGGUCCUGUAGCCCCCUUGGCUGAGCCCUGGCAGAACAGCCCCUUUUCAUGUUUAGUUGCUUUUGUAGAGGAGGAGGGGCUGGGUCGGGGAUAUCUGUCAGCCGCAAGCCCUUAAAUAAAGCAGCCGAUGCAGA